UUGUCUUAUCCCUAGCAUCUAGGACGCAACCAGAGUUCACCAAACAAAACCACCACACAAAGCACAAAACACAAACACAGAGACCGAUUAAACACACAAACAAAAGUCCUUAUCUCUCUGUCUUAUCUCUUCCUUCUUGUUCUGCAACCUCGUCCGCUCCUCGUUUUCACCACCGCACACGUGGGCUUCCCUCGUUUCGGGUCCUGAAUCGGGUACCCAAAUGCCUUCGUGGGUCUCCAAUUAGGGUUUCACAGCUCUAGUAUAGUUUUUUUUUUUUUUUUUCUCGAAGGAGCUCCUACUAUCCCAUUCAGCCUUUUUGACUUCGAAAAUUUCUUUACAUUUCAGACAGCUCUUGAUGAAUGGAUCACAACAGGUGUGGAAAUGCUUUUCCAAGGAUGAAGAGUAUUAGGGAUUGGGUUUUUUCUCAUUUAGUAUCCAUGUCAUUGGUCUCAUCUAGACCAUUAUCGGGCAGUGACAGUUUUUUUAACGAGGGACGUCUUGAUGAAGAACUUGAUGACCAAGGUUCAACUCACACAGCCAGUUUGGUUGCACCACCAGUACUUCCUGAUGGAUCACGUGCUUCUUAUGGUAAUCAUGAACAUCAGCAUAAUCCUUCCCUGCAGCAGGAUUCUGUUCAAGACUCCUACCCUCAUGGCUCUAAUAAAAAAAAGAUGGAUCCAUUGGCGAAGAUUGAGGAUCUCCAAGUAAAGUUUUUGCGCCUUCUCCGAAGGCUUGGGCUGUCACAGGAAAAUCUUCUGGUUGCAAAAGUUUUAUAUCGGAUACACCUAGCAUCCUUGAUACAAGCUGGGGAAUCAGAUGUGAAAAGAGUUAACCUUGGAAGCAAUAGAGCCAAAGCAGUUGCAGCAGAACAAGAGGCAGCUGGCCUGCGUGAAUUGGAUUUCUCAUUUAGAAUACUUGUCCUAGGCAAAACAGGGGUUGGCAAGAGUGCUACCAUAAAUUCUUUAUUUGAAGAAAUGAAAACUGUGACUGAUGCAUUUCAACCAGCCACUGAUCGCAUCCAAGAGGUUGCAGGAACUGUUAAUGGGAUUAAAAUUACUGUGAUCGAUACCCCUGGUCUUUUGCCUUCUUCUUCCAGUAAUGUGAGAAGAAAUAAGAAGAUUUUGUUAUCUGUGAAGAAAUUCAUAAAAAAAUCACCGCCAGAUAUUGUUUUGUACUUUGAACGCCUUGAUGUCAUCAACAUGGGCUUUACCGAUUUCCCUAUUUUGAGGCUUAUAACUGAAGUUUUUGGUACUGCAAUUUGGUUCAACACCAUCCUUGUAAUGACCCACUCUUCCUCAGAUCUGCCCGAAGGUCCCAAUGGUUAUCCUGUCAACUAUGAGUCAUAUGUGACCCAAUGUACAGAUUUGGUGCAGCACUAUAUACACCAGGCAGUGUCUGACUCAAGACUUGAAAACCCUGUCCUUUUGGUAGAGAACCAUCCUCAAUGUAAGAAAAACAUUAUGGGGGAAAAAGUACUUCCAAAUGGACAGGUUUGGAAAUCUCAAUUCUUGUUAUUAUGCAUUUGUACUAAAGUUCUGAGUGAUGUCAAUUCCCUCUUGAAGUUUCAAGACAGCAUUGAACUGGGACCAUUAAGUACUGCCCGGCUGCCCUCUCUGCCCCAUCUUCUCUCAUCUCUUCUACGACAUCGCUCUAUAUCAAGUCCAAAUGGAAUGGAUGAUGAAAUUGAUGAGAAUUCACUUUUAGACACGCAGGAAGAAGAUGAAUAUGAUCAAUUACCUUCAAUCCGAAUCCUGAAAAAAUCUCAGUUUGAGAGAUUGACGAACUCACAGAAAAAAGACUAUCUUGAUGAGCUGGAUUAUCGGGAAAUCCUUUAUCUGAAGAAACAGUUGAAGGAAGAUUAUCAGAGGCGAAGGGAGAAUAGGCUUUCCAAAGAGGAAAAUUUGGUGAAUGAUGAUAAUUCCGAUAGCCAGCAGGUGUCUCCAGAGGCCGUUUUGUUACCAGAUAUGGCAGUUCCCCCAAGUUUUGACUCGGAUUGCCUUGUACAUAGAUAUCGUUGCCUUGUCACAGGUGAUCAGUGGCUUGUGAGACCUGUUCUUGAUCCCCAAGGGUGGGAUCAUGAUGUGGGCUUCGAUGGAAUAAGCCUUGAAUCAGCUUUGGAACUAAAUAGGAAUGUCUUUGCCUCAGUCACAGGACAGAUGAGCAAGGACAAGCAGGAUUUCAGUAUCCAGUCGGAGUGUGGUGCAGCUUACACAGAUCCCAAAGGGCCUACUUAUUCUGUUGGUCUUGAUGUUCAAUCUUCUGGUAAGGAUAUGAUAUAUACAGUUCAUAGCAACACAAAGUUGAGGAACCUGAAGCAGAGCGUUGCUGAUUGUGGACUUUCUUUGACAUCUUUUGGGAACAAUUGCUAUGUUGGUGCCAAGCUUGAAGAUACCAUAAUAGUGGGGAAUAGGUUGAAGUUUAUGGUGAAUGCUGGGCGAAUGGGGGGUUCUGGACAAGUGGCAUAUGGUGGGAAUAUUGAAGCUACUUUAAGAGGGAGUGACUACCCAGUGAGAAAUGAUAAUGUCAGUCUGACAAUGACAAUCCUCUCCUUCAACAAAGAAAUGGUUUUAGGUGGAAGCAUACAGUCUGAAUUCCGGAUGAGCAGAGGCUUGAGAGUAUCAGUUAAUGCCAAUUUAAAUAGUCGCAAAAUGGGACAGGUUUGCAUAAAAACAAGUAGCUCUGAGCAUUUGCAGAUUGCUCUGGUUGCAGCCUUCACAAUUUUCAAGGCUCUACUACGCAGAAAGGCAAUUGAGAGUAGAAGUAGGGAAACAUUAGAGAGUGGAUAAUUAGCUGAUGCUGUUUUGCUGCUAGAUAGUUUUGGUCUUGAGAGGAUUCUGUAGUGGCAAAUCAAUCUAUAUGCGGAACUAAGGCAUGGACCUUUUGCUCGUGAGGAGGAAAGAAAGACAUGGGCAUUUUUAAGUGGCUAUUUGAUAUUAUUCCUUGUGUGUAAGAUGCAUACAAUGGAAGUAUGGCAAGGAAAUCUAGCAAGCUGUAACUAUUAUGCCAUCAAACCAGGGUUCUCAAUUUCAUAUCACUGCAAGUAUCCAGUCUAGCUGAUAGCCUUGGCCACACAUGUUUUAAAUCAAGAGGUAAUAACUGUACAGAAAAUCAUAGAAGAUGAGGGUUUUUCUCCCCUUAUCUUUUUUCUUUCUGGUAAUUCUUAAAUUAGACCGACUGGCUCAUCCCAACAUUUCUAAUGGAUGUUCGAGAUUCGAAACC